GAAAUAGUUGAGUCAGUUGAGACUCCAUUUAGAGUGGACAGAACAGAGCAGGAGGAGGACACUGAAGGCUGAGGCAGGACUGACUUCAGAUCAGAAGAUGAGUGAUUUGGAGGAAGAGGAGGACAGAGCAGAGUCUGUAGUAUCUGGCUGUCUGUCUAUGAAGAGUGACCGGUCCAAAGAUCCUCCUCCAGACUUCAGUAAUGAACCUGGACCCUCAGACACAAAAGAGAGGAAGAGGAGUGAUGUUUCUGAGGAGGAGCAGCCGUCCAGAUCCAGAACCAGAGCUGGACUGCAGACAGCCAAUCAGAGCAGCUCUGAACAAAUCAAUGUUGGUCGUCAGAAACAUAAGAUCAGGCUGAAGGGGACAUUUGAACGUGUGACUGAAGGAGCUGAAACAGGAAGUAGAACCCUCCUCAACAAGAUCUUCACUGUCCUCUACAUCACAGAGGGACAGAGUAAAGAGGUUAAUACCGAACAUGAGGUGUGGCAGCUCGAGACAGCUUCCAAGAAGAAGAUCCUCCAUGACUCUCCAAUCAAGUGCUGCGACAUCUUUAAAGCCUCACCUGACCAACAGAAACACAUCAGAGUCGUUCUGACGAGCGGCGUCGCUGGUGUUGGAAAAACCUUCUCAGUGCAGAAGUUCUGUCUGGACUGGGCUGAGGGUUUGGAAAACCAAGAUAUCAGUCUGGUGAUUCCUCUUUCCUUCAGGGAGCUGAACUUGAUCAAAGAUGAGCAGUACAGUCUUCUGGAGCUGCUCCGUGUUUUCCAUUCAACAUUACAGGAGGUCACAGCAGAGCAGCUCGCUGGCUCUAAAGUUCUCUUCAUCUUUGACGGCCUGGAUGAAAGCAGACUUUCACUGGAUUUCAACAACAAUGAGGCUGUUUCUGAUGUCACACAGAAGUCAUCAGUCAACGUGCUGUUGACAAACCUCAUCCAGGGGAAGCUGCUUCCCUCGGCUCUCGUCUGGAUAACUUCUCGACCUGCAGCAGCCAAUCAGAUUCCUCCUGCGUGUGUUGACAGGGUAACAGAAGUACAAGGUUUCACUGAUGCCCAGAAGGAGGAGUACUUCAGGAAGAGAGUCAGUGAUGAAGAGCUGUCCAGCAGAAUCUUCUCCCACAUCAAGACAUCCAGGAGCCUCCACAUCAUGUGUCUGAUCCCAGUCUUCUGCUGGAUCACUGCUACAGUUCUGGACCACAUGUUGACUACAGACCAGAGAGGAGAGCUGCCCAAUACCCUGACUGACAUGUACUCACACUUCCUGCUGGUUCAGACAAAGAGGAAGAAGCACAAGUAUGCUGAGGGACAUGAGACGAGUCCACAGGAGCUGACGGAGGCUGACAGGGAAGUUCUUCUGAAGCUGGGGAGGCUGGCGUUUGAACAGCUGGAGAAAGGAAACAUCAUGUUCUACCAAGAAGACCUGGAGCGCUGUGGUCUGGAUGUCACAGAGGCCUCGCUGUACUCAGGAGUUUGUACAGAGAUCUUCAAAAGAGAGAGUGUGAUCUUCAAGAAAACAGUCUACUGCUUUGUUCAUCUGAGCGUUCAGGAGUUUCUGGCUGCAGUCUACCUGUUCCACUGUUACACCAACAGGAACACAAAGGUACUAAAGGACUUCCUGGGACCAGACUUUAAACACAGAGACUCAAAAAAGUCUUUUCGCAAGAAGAUUUUUAAGUCUUUUGGAAAGAAAGAUAGCCAUCAUGACAGUGAACAUGAUCAUUACCCAUCCCUGGAUGUCUUUCUGAAGAGAGCCUUGGAGAAAUCCCUUGAGAGUAAAAAUGGCCAUCUGGACCUGUUUGUCCGCUUCCUUCAUGGCCUCUCUCUGGAGUCCAACCAGAGACUCUUAGGAGGCCUGCUGGGUCAGACAGACAACAGUCCAGAAAUCAUCCAGAGAGCCAUCAACAACCUGAAGGAGAUGAACGAUAAAAAGAUCUCUCCUGACAGAAGCAUCAACAUCUUCCACUGUCUGACGGAGAUAAACGACCACUCAGUCCAUCAGGAGAUCCAAGAGUUCCUGAAGUCAGAGAAAAGAUCAGCAAAGAGACUCUCUGAGUUCCACUGCUCAGCUCUGGCCUACAUGCUCCAGAUGUCAGAGGAGGUUCUGGAUGAGUUGGACCUUAAGAAGUACAAAACAUCACUGGAGGGACGACGGAGACUGCUUCCAGCUGUGAGGAACUGCAGCAAGGCUCGACUUUCUCCCUGUGGACUCUCUGAGACUGACUGUGAAGUCGUGGCCUCAGCUCUGAAGUCCAACCCCUCCCAUCUGAGAGAGCUGGACCUGAGUGACAACAACCUGGAGGAUUCAGCAGUGCAGUGUCUGUGUGCUGGUCUGCAGAGUCCAAAAUGUAGACUGGAGACUCUGAGAUUGAGGGGCUGCAGUUUGUCAAAGAUCAGCUGUGCUUCUCUCGUCUCAGCUCUGAUGUCCAACCCCUCCCAUCUGAGAGAGCUGGACUUUAGUAAAAACAAGCUGCAGUAUUCAGGAGUGACACUGCUGUGUGGUUUUCUGGAGAGUCCACACUGUAGACUGGAGUCUCUGAGAUUGGAGCGCUGCAGUUUGUCAGAGAUCAGCUGUGAUUCUCUGGUCUCAGCUCUGAUGUCCAACCCCUCCCAUCUCAGAGAGCUGGACCUGAGUGGCAACAAGCUGCAGAAUUCAGACGUGAAGCAGCUGUGUGGUUUUCUGGAGAGUCCACACUGUAGACUGGAGAGUCUGAGAUUGGAGCGCUGCAGGUUGUCAGAGAUCAGCUGUGAUUCUCUGGUCUCAGCUCUGAUGUCCAACCCCUCCCAUCUGAGAGAGCUGGAGCUGAGUGGCAACAAGCUGCAGGAUUCAGAUGUGAAGCAGCUGUGUGGUUUUCUGGAGAGUCCACACUGUCGACUGGAGAGUCUGAGAUUGGAGUUCUGCAGUUUGUCAGAGAUCAGCUGUGCUUCUCUGGUCUCAGCUCUGAAGUCCAACCCCUCCCAUCUGAGAGAGCUGGACCUGAGUUACAACGAGCUGCAGGAUUCAGGAGUGAAGCAGCUGUGUGGUUUUCUGGAGAGUCCACACUGUAGACUGGAGAGUCUGAGAUUGGUGGACUGCAGUUUGUCUGAGAUCAGCUGUGUUUCUCUGGUCUCAGCUCUGAAGUUCAACCCCUCCCACCUGAGAGAGCUGGACCUGAGUGUCAACGAGCUGCAGGAUUCAGAUGUGAAGCAGCUGUGUGAUCUUGUGGAAAGUCCAAACUGUAGACUGGAAACUCUGAGGUCAGUAGAGGGUUGGAGUCAGUCCAUACUGGUCUCAUCAGUAUUAAACUAAACACAGUUAGUAUCA